AUGGCGGAGUACGUUCUGCGCCCGGGUCGAAGGGCGUGCGAAGAGGUGCUGCCGACGUCGACUUCCAACGCGACGUUCGCGUCGUCCAAGAUACGCCGCCUGGAUCACACCCUGGUCGCCAACCCUCCUCCGAAGGUGGGCACCACCUCGAGGGUUCGCGCCACCGACGGGCAGGAGCCGGUGGACCCACCCGGACGCGCGAGGUUCGCCAGCGAGGAUGACGAGCGCGCGCGCGCCGCGUUCGCCCACUACGCGGGCGCCAAGCCGGGGACCGCCGGCGCGGCGAUGCCGCCGGGGUUCACCGUCCUCGCCCUCGCGGACCUCGGCGCCCUGGAGGGAUGCGACGCCGAGCUCGUGGGCCGGUACAUCGCGGAAUCGCUCGCCGACGAGAUCGACGACCAUUCACCCGUCACCUACGCGAGGUUCAAGUCGAUGUGCGAAGUCAUCGAGGGGCGGAGGGCGGCGGGGGCGCUGGGGAACCCGCGCGACGGGGAGAUGGAGCUCGUCCCGCCGGAGCUGCUCGACAGCGUCGCCAUGCGCGCCCUCUUCGACUCGUACGCCGUCGACGUCGACGAGAACGAUGACACAGCUGGCGACAAAGAAGAGAAUCGAUCAUCGCGGCUGAUGACGAUGGAGGCGUGGAACGGGAUGCUCCUCGACGCCGGGUUGCUCGCGCCCGCGGGGGAGGACCUGCGGCAAACGACGCGAGCGCCCGGGGCGUUGACGCUCGCGGGAGCGUGCGUCGCGUUCGCGCGGGCGCGGGGGCCGACUCGAUCGCGCGACGCGUCCAUCGCGCACGUGCCGGAUUUUUUCGCCGCCCUCGCCGCCGUCGCGAGAGUCGCGGGCGUGUCCGUCGGGGAGAUCUCGUGCCGGCUGCUGGCGCUCGGUCCGGAUCCGGACAGGCCGAGUGUCGGGAAACUAUCGUCCGAGGAUUACGGCGCCAGUGCAGGGUUUAGGGGCGAUCCGAGGGAGGCGUUCGGGGCUGACGCGUUUGAAGCCGACGUCGACGACUUGGCGUCCACCGGUCUGUCCACUCCCGACGUGACACGUGGCACCCGGCCGAUCUUCGGCGCGACGGACAGGCGCGAGGCGAUCGAACGCGCGCGCGCGUGCUUCAGGUGCGUCGACGUCGGGCACAGGGGUUUCGCGCGCCUCGAGGACCUCCCGGUCAUCCUCGGGCAAGCCGGAGGCUUCGACCACCUCGACCUCAACGCCGCCGCCGUCUGGGCGGAAUCCCGGCUGGGGUCGCUCAGUAAACGCCAGGGCAACAUCGUCAAGUACAACCAGUUCGACGACGAGGUGACGCUCACCGACGUCGGCCGGCACCUGCGAGCGGCGCUGAGGUACCCACCCCCCGAGGGUACCUUCGCGCUCGCCGGACCCGUCGUUAUAAACGAGAAGACGGCCAACUCGGAAGAUCUCGCCGCCGUCGCAAACGUGUUUGAGCGGUUCUGCGCGGCGGGCGCCGAGAGCGGGUUCACGCCAGACUCGCCGCCGCACCCGAAGCUCAUGGACCUUAGGCGGUGGGCGCUCUGCGCGAGGAACGCGUGCGUGUUUGACGUCGGAUUCGAGCGCGGCGCCGAGGUGAUUGCCUUCGCCAGGGCGUGUCCCCCGGGGAACCACCGGGUGGACUUUGCGCGUUUUCUUUGCGCAAUCGGCUGGGUCGCGAAGCAGAAGGGGCUCGACGCGCGCGGCGCGGUGCAGUGGUUCAAGCGCGCGAAGGUGUCCAUGAGGCCCGUGGUAUCGAAGCUCGCGGAGUUUUCGGUCAAAGCGAACCCGGGGUAUCACUCGGGAGUCGCGCUCGCGGCGGCUCGGCCGCCGCUCGAUUCGGUGAAUCAUUCGCCCCCCUCCCCGUCCUCGCCCGCGGCGUCCAGCAGCGGCGAGAACUCCCCGAAGAAAGCGAACGCCGCGCCUAAGAGCGCCGCCUCCUUGCCUUCGUCUUUCACGGCGACGAGGAAGGCGCCGCGGGCGGAUUCGCUUCGACCCGCGGUGGCGGACCCGGCGUCGGCGGAGCUGGUCAUCGCCGCCGCGCUCGACGACCGGGCGGGCGAUCCGCUCGUCGCGGCGACGCUCACGAUGGUCCUCGCGGACAUCGGCGCGCUCGAGGGCCUCUGCCCUAACCGCGCGGGCGCGGCGGUGCACGGCGCGAAGGUGUCGCUGCAGCUUCACGGCGACGACGCGCGCGUGGGACGCGACGACGUGGUGCGCGCGUCGAUGAUUCUCGACGAGCUCCGGCGAUCGAAUUCGGCGACGAUCGCGCCCCUAAAGCCGGCGCCGGCUCGAUCGCUGAAGACGUACGAGGACAACCCGUCCCUCCGCGGUACCUACCGCGAGUUCGCCACGCACGGGAUGGAGGCGGAGGAGCGGGAUCGGGUGCUCAGGCGGCUGGAUGCCACGUGGCAGCGCGGCGCCGCGGACGCCGACGCCGAUCCCUCGCUGCUCGACGGCGGCGCCGCCGGUUGGCCGAAGCAGGGAUCGAUCCCGCGGAGGGAGGGCGUCAAGGGCGCGCCCCUGCAGUCAUCGUGCCCGUGCGGUAACCCCCGGUGCAGCUCCACGACGCACCCGCACGCCACGUGGCCGAUCGAGGUUGGGAACCCCGAAAAGAAACCCUUCCACCCGAACCCGGUGCCGUACCAAGGCCGGGAACUCCCGGAUCGGCGGCAGAUGUUCGCCGAGGUGAAGCCGACGAGCCUCGGGCCAGACAGCCGGGAGGUGGCGUUCCUCACCGCGGUGGGUCGUCCACGAAACUUCGUGGAGGCGAGGACGGCGAAACUGUUCGAACCCCCGACGCCGCAGAUCGAUCCAAACACCGGUCGCACCGUCGACGGCUUCACGCACGCGCAGGCGACGUCGAAAAUCGCGGAGGAGCGCGCCGACGCCGGAGUCUCCGCCGGCGAUAGGCCCGGGACGGCCACGGCGCCCGGCGCCGCCGCGCGCGCCGCCGCCUCCAAGCAGCGCGAGUUACUCGCCGCCUCACGCGCCGAGCUCGAGGGCCUGGACCCGCGCGAACGAGCGGGUCGGGAGGCGACGGAGCGGGGAUCCGCGUCGGCAAUCGCUUCCAGAAAAUCGCAGUUGGCGGCCGCCGCCGAGUCGGCGGCUGAGACGGCUGCGACGCGCCGCGACGUUCCGUCCUCGCAGCGAUGCGGCAUGAGCCUUGACAACUUCCGCAAGCUGUGCGCGGAGAGCGGCGUGUUGGGCUCCGGCUUCACGCCGUCCGCGGUGGACGUGGUGUUUGCCAGGUCUCGAGCGCCCGGUUCGAACUUCAUGUCGUGGGGCGAGUUUCUUCGAUCGAUAGGGUACGUCGCCGAGCUCCGGGGCGAGAAAUUCGGCAUCGUCGCCAACAAGCUGAUGGCCGUGGGUAAACCUCGAACGCACUACGCGGAGACUCGGAGGGAGAAGGAGGCGGUAAAUGGGGUGAGCGCGGCGCGCGAGGGCGCGAGGCGGGGCGUGCGCAUGAUCAAGCCUUGGUCUCAGAACCUGCGGCGCCCGCGUCUCGGCAACCGCGGGGAGCUGGAGCCCAUGGACGUCGGCUGGGGCCACCUCACGGGCGUCUUGACCCACCCGGUGCUCGAGACGCCUCGCGCCGCACCGGAGGAGACGCGAGGAGUGGCGAACCCGCGCAGGUUAAAGCCCGGCGCGCUCGGCCGGUCGGGGACGCGAGCGCCGAAGAUGGGGAUGAAGGAAUUUUUGGAUUCCUGCGAGGCUUCGCACCGCGUCGUCGUCGCCCGGCUCCGUCGCGAGACGGCGGCGGCGGAGGCGGCGGCGGACGAGGCCAGGGACGCGUCGCGGCGGGAGUUCCACCUGCGCGAACGGGAGAUGAUGGAGCGCGCCACGCGCCGAACCAACGCGAAAGAUCCGUGGCAUUUCGUCAAGGACCUCGAGACGCUCGAGCGAGCCGGGUACACCGUGGACGGCGACCCGUUCGUGAUCGGCAUGGCGGACACGAUGCCGAGCGGCGUGCACACGCUCACGCUCGGCAAAGAGCGGUCGGAGACGUGGGAUGAGCGCGGCGGUCGCCUGGGCGCCACGUGGCUCAUACACUCCGGCGCUAAGAACCGCGAGCUGCCCUUCGGCGUAACCGCGAGGGACGCUCGAGUCGUGGCGAGGUCCGACCCGAACGUUCCCAUCGUCGCGGAGCGGGACGUGCAGGUGGCGGACGCGUUCGCGCGCGCGAGGGUGGACGCGCUCGUGCACGGGACGGUCGGCGCGCGGGGGCGAGCGGCGGCCGGGCGGGGCGGCGAAGAAGGGAGGUGGGCGGGGGAUAACAGUCUCCGGUCAACCGGGGAAAGUUUCGGUACAAUGGAUCGGGGGUUCGACAGCCGCGGCGGUCGCGUGGCGGGGGUGCCCGCGUUGAGCGCCGCGGCGGUGCGACGGACGCUGAACGGGCGGGAUCGGAGGGUGGAUCCGAUGGCGUCGCUGGUGCGUCGGAUGAGGGAGGAGGGCGCGGUGGGCGGGUCCAGCGCGCACUAG